CAGACACACUCGCAUUUCUCAUUUCUUACUUCUAGUCUAAAUUAGAUAGCAAGACGCAGUGUCGGAGCUCACAGAUCGCACACAAUUAGUUUUAAGUACUAGCGGUAGUUAAACAGUAAAUCUGAAAUUCAACAUGGAGUCCCCUCCAGAUCCAGCGAGCGACCCGGGCAACAGCGCCUCGGAGCCGGCUACCCCGGUCAGGGAAACCCCGGUAAACCUGGAGACGCUCCGGAAAGCGGACCAUCCAGCCCCGGUUCGAAGGCAGACCUGUUCGAGCACCAACAGAGGUAUCUCAGUAACAAAGAAGACACAUACAUCUCAAAUCGAAAUAAUUCCCUGCAAGAUCUGUGGAGACAAAUCAUCAGGCAUCCAUUACGGCGUGAUAACAUGUGAAGGCUGUAAGGGCUUCUUCAGGAGGAGUCAGCAGAGCAAUGCAGCCUACUCGUGCCCCCGUCAGAAGAACUGCCUGAUCGACCGCACCAGCCGCAACCGCUGCCAGCACUGCCGGCUGCAGAAGUGCCUGGCAGUGGGCAUGUCACGAGAUGCAGUGAAAUUCGGCCGCAUGUCGAAGAAGCAGCGAGACAGCCUGUACGCCGAGGUCCAGAAGCACAGGCUGCAGCAGCAGCAGCGUGACCACCAGCAACAGCCCGGAGAGGCGGAGCCGCUCACACCUAGCUAUGGCCUCUCGGCCAAUGGCCUCACAGAGCUCCAUGACGACCUCAGCGGCUACAUGGACGGUCACACCCCCGAUGGCAGCAAACCAGACUCGGCGGUCAGCAGCUUCUACCUGGACAUCCAGCCAUCUCCUGACCAGUCAGGCCUGGACAUCAACGGCAUCAAGCCGGAGCCCAUCUGCGACUUUGCCCCCGGCUCUGGCUUCUUCCCUUACUGCUCCUUCACCAACGGAGAAACCUCCCCCACCGUGUCCAUGGCUGAACUAGAGCACCUGGCCCAGAACAUCUCCAAGUCACACAUGGAGACAUGUCAGUACCUGAGGGAGGAGCUGCAGCAGAUGACCUGGCAGGCCUUCCUGCAGGAGGAGGUGGAGAGCUACCAGAGCAAGCCCCGGGAAGUCAUGUGGCAGCUGUGUGCUAUCAAAAUAACAGAGGCCAUUCAGUAUGUGGUGGAGUUCGCCAAGCGCAUCGACGGCUUCAUGGAGCUGUGUCAGAAUGAUCAGAUAGUGCUGCUGAAAGCAGGCUCUUUGGAAGUUGUGUUUGUCAGAAUGUGCCGUGCCUUUGACUCGCAAAACAACACAGUCUAUUUUGAUGGAAAGUAUGCCGGACCUGAUGUGUUCAAGUCAUUAGGCUGUGACGACUUGAUCAGCUCCGUCUUCGAGUUUGGGAAAAACUUGUGUUCUAUGCACCUGUCUGAGGAUGAGAUCGCCCUGUUCUCCGCCUUUGUGUUGAUGUCUGCUGACCGGUCCUGGCUCCAGGAGAAGGUGAAGGUGGAGAAACUCCAGCAGAAGAUCCAACUGGCCCUCCAGCACGUCCUGCAGAAGAACCACAGAGAGGAUGGUAUUCUUACAAAGUUGAUAUGCAAAGUGUCGACACUGCGAGCGCUGUGCAGUAGGCAUACAGAGAAGCUUACAGCUUUCAAAGCAAUAUACCCAGACAUUGUGCGUGCCCACUUCCCCCCCUUAUACAAGGAGCUGUUCGGAUCAGACUUUGAGCAGUCCAUGCCCGUUGACGGGUAGCAGCCCUGCCAGGUGCCAGUGUGCCCACCGUAGGGGAAUGUGGAGGAGGAAUCUGAGACACUUUAUUGGUGCCCUGCACAAACCAGAGCGGACAGAUGGCACGCUGUUCAACUUCUUCUUUUACAUCGGAGGGGAGGGCUUAGGGAGUUGAUCCUCAAGGUUUACUUUAUUGAAUUUAGUUCUCUUUGGAAGACUUGUGGGACCCAACGCCCCAUGGGACAUGAAGAGGAGAUAGGGACAAAUAAUUUCUGUCUGGUUGAACUUGACCCUCUUUUGCGCAUUUCUAACGAGGAACUCAUGAUUCACUUCAUUUCAUUCAUCCAUUUUCACCCGUAUUUAUUGCAUCACCCUCAUUAUGAUUCAUCUGACUCGUAUGAACAAUUAAUGAGUCACUUUUGGAAUUCAGAUAGCUGAUGGCGUCUUCAAUGAGGAGACGAACCCACAGCAGUAUUAUUUUUCAGGUUGCACUCCCAAAACAGUUUAAGCAUUCUCAUAUUCCGAACCUUCAAUGGUUUUGUCCCUAGAUCUGCUUCAUACACUAUGUCCCCGAAUUGAAACAAAGAGCCGAUAAAUGCGCACAUUUUGGUCAAGUUCAGCCGCUUUUCUCUUGUGUUCAGCCGUAUCUUUCGGACGCAGUUCCUGGAAUGAAAACUCACAGCGACUUUGAGGGGAGGGUCUGUCGGCAUGGUGAUGCAAUCGGCACCUCUCUGUGGACAAUCGUUUAAAAAAAGAAAGAAAAAAAAAAGAAACAUAGAAUUCUGGUAAUUCUAAUGAAAACGCAAUGAUUUUAGCUGUCAAGGACUCCAUCCACCAUUGUUGCAUAGUGAAAUCAUGUAAGGCCAUCUGCUAUUAAUCCUUCUCUGGACAGGUGCCCUGGAGAAGCACAGGGCACCAACACAAUGAAAAGGGUCCAUUCCACCUGUUUUAUAAUGUACUACAGGGUAUAUGGUCAUAGUACUUACUAUACAGAAAAAAGUAAUGUUUAUAGAAUCUAUUUUAAAUAACAUGUAUGAUAUUAGUAGUUAGACCAUUCUUAAUUGUUGAAUUGAUAAGGCACUUUUAUUUACACCUUUCUUUAAUUUAAGACUUGUAUAUUUACCUAGUGAUGUGUUGCAUGUGCACAAGAAAUACAAGUUGAACCAUGGUCACAGAGGCUAGUCCUGGGAGCUGCAGAUGACACUGGUCUGGAAGUGUAAGGGCUGUCUGUUAGGAUUGCUGGCGUGGCUAGUGGUUGGUGAACAAAGAGGCACGGCUGAGAAGGCAGGUCAGAGAAGCUCCAUCACCUGUUACCUCAACAACCGCCUGUCGGACACCUGUCAAAACGUAGCUCUGAUACUCCUUUUAGCGAGGGCGCGCGCAUGCAGCGGUGGCCAACAAACCUUGCAGUGAUGUUUCAGCGCCGGUGGCGUCAGCAGACCUGGAUUGAGCAGCAUUCGUUCAAACCUUUUUUUGUCCAAAUAUUUGAUGCUAACUUUACUGUGGAAAACCUCACACAUUAUGUAAAGAAGAACAUGAAAAUCAAACAUUAUCGCAGCCAGAUCUUACAAAUCAAUAGCCGUGAGGUCGGACUGGGAAGAUCACGCGCAGACUGUAAUCCAAUUGUUCCAUCUAGUGGAAGGCAAAGAUACAGCAAGCGAGUCCAGAGCCCGAGCCUGUACAAAGAGACGAGGUCUAACUUAAAAGCACAUU